AUGGAAGAAAUUCAAAGCACAGCUGGUGCUAUUCCUGUAAGAAAUGAGAAAGGUGAAGUGUCAAUGCAAAAGGUGAAAGUUCACCGAUAUGUUCAAGGCAAGCGUCCAGAAUAUGCUCCAGAGUCUACAUCUGAAGAAGAAUCAGAUGAUGAUGAUUUCUUGGACUCUCGUAAAGUGCGGGGAGCAUCUCCCACCACUAAUUUUGAUUCAGAACAGAUGAUUCAUUUACCAUCAGAUGCCUUAAAUGAUGCACGCCUCAAACGUUUAGGUGGUUUAACUGCCCGACAUGGGCAUAAAGAUAGGCGACUUUUGCAUGAGCCACAAGUUAUUAAAGAUGAUUCAUCUGAUGAUGAAUCUGAUGUUGAACGCAAUCGUAGAAGUCGUAGACAGGUGUCUGGUGAUGAAAAAGACAGUAAUGAUGAUGAUGGAGAACUUAGUGAUAAUGAAAUAGAAAAGAGAAGACAACGGUUGAGACAAAGAGUUUUGAACCAAACUAAAGAAAAAGAAAUGAAUGAAGUACUUGAAAAAGAAGAAGAAGGAAAUAGUUCAGAUGAUGAUGAUAGUGAUGAAUCUUCAGAGUAUGAAGACUAUUCUGCUUCUGAUGAAGAAACUGGUCCUCGAUUGAAGCCAAUUUUUGUAAGAAAGAAAGAACGUGUUACUAUAUUGGAAAAAAAAAAAGAAGAAAUAAAACAAAAACAAUUAGAAUAUGAACAAAAGAAAUUGGCUGAAGAAAGACGCAGAGCUACAUUAAGAAUGGUUGAAAAAGAAAUUUGUAAAGAACAAUCCUUAUCAAAAGCAAAUAGCGCACUUUCCGAACCAUGUUUAAAUGAUGUAAACACAGAUGAUGAAAAUGAUGAAAAUGAAUAUGAAGCCUGGAAACUUAGAGAAUUAAAACACAUUAAAAGAGACAGAGAAGAACAUGAACAGCGAGAAUUUGACAAGACAGAGAUAGAGCGCCUUAGAAAUUUAACUGAAGAAGAGAGAAGGUUAGAAAUACGACUUAAUCCAAAACAAGUUACUAAUAAAGCAGCUAAAGGCAAAUAUAAAUUCAUGCAAAAAUAUUACCACCGUGGAGUAUUUUAUUUGGAUGAAGAAAAUGAUAUUUUCAAAAGAGAUUAUUCAUCAGCCACUCUUGAAGAUCACUUUGAUAAGACAAUCUUGCCUAAAGUUAUGCAAGUUAAAAACUUUGGUCGUAGUGGACGCACAAAAUAUACACAUUUGGUUGAUCAAGACACAACUAGUUUUGAUUCGCCCUGGGUGUCUGAGACAGCGCAAAACUUAAAAUUUCAUACUAAUCAAGCAGCUGGUAUGAAACAAGUAUUCCAAAAACCUACUCUAAAGAAACAACGUACAAAAUAA